AUGACCGAGCUUCAGGCAAAUCUUGAGAGCUACGGCCGAGCACGCAGAUCUACCAUUUCUAUCCAAAAGCGUUUCGCCCGGAUCAGUCUCCCAGCAACCAUCUCCCCGUCUCCAUGCUCCCUCCACUCUUUGCAGCAGAACACAAUGUCUCCCAAUGGGCUGUCGUCCGCAGAGAUCCAAGCCUUAUCCAUGGCUCUGUUCACGCGCAUAGCGUGCGUGCGGAUCAUGGGAGGCUUGUGUAAAUUCAUGCCGUUGUCCGUCCUGGAUCUUCCGCACUGGGCAUGGCUCAUGUGUAUUCAUCACUGA